AGAAGCAGAACUGACAUAGUACACUUUCUUUUCAGAAUUAUGAGUUCAUGGGAGUGAAACCAGAUAUAAGAAAAUCCUGCUUGCUUUUGGGGAUAAAUAAGAUUUAAUACUUGGGUGAGAGACAAAAGGUACCACCACUUAGACAUCAAGAUGACGUUCUCUGGUACGCAGGACAAGUGCAAGGCUUGUGACAAAACCGUGCAUUUCAUUGAUCUCCUCACCGCAGAUAGCAUUCCGUACCACAAAUCUUGCUUCAGAUGCAGCCACUGCAAAGGCACACUUUCGAUGUGCAGCUAUUCCUCCAUGGAUGGGGUUCUUUACUGCAAGACCCAUUUUGAACAGCUGUUCAAGGCGACAGGCACCUUCAGCAAAAACUUCCCCACAGGUCCGAAGGCAAAUAAUGAACAGUCUAAGGUCCCCAACAAGUUAUCCUCUCUGUUCUGCGGAACUCAAGACAAGUGUGCUGCCUGCAACAAGACUGUGUACCCAUUGGAGAAGAUCACAUUGGAGGGCGAGCCCUACCACAAGACCUGCUUCAAAUGCGCUCGCGGCGGCUGCCUCCUGACGACCGCCACGUACGCCUCCCACAACGGGAUCCUCUACUGCCAGAUCCACUUCUGGCAGGUGUUCAAGGAGACCGGCAGCUACAGCAACCUGCUCAAGCCUGCGCCCGCGAAGAACGCCGCUGGCGAGCCCGAGGCCGCAAAGGCAGAGGCAGCCAAGGAAGAAGCGUCACCGGAGCAGGUCCCCGAAGCCCCAGAGGACCAGGAGCACUGAAGUGAAGCACCCACACGCGAUCCGCGCAGGCAUACACUGCACACGUUGCUUGGAUUUUAGCUGUAUAUCGUGCCCGGGCAAUAAAAUAUUUAUAUUGCAAUACAUAUUGGAUUCAACAUGACAAUAAUAAAUAUGAAAUCAAAUACAAAUAUGGAAUAAGUA